AUGUCUUCAAAAACCCUUCUCCUCUCUCUCCUUCUCAUCACCGUCUCUCAUCUCCUCUCCGGCGCCGGCGCCACGUCCUUCUCCUGCUCCGGCGACAAUCGCUGCCACUCCCUCAUCGGCUACAUCCCCCAAAAGCCCACCACCAUCGCCGCCCUCCAAUCCCUCUUCCAGAUCAACCCUCGCCGAUCCCUCCUCACCGCCAACUCCCUCCCAAUCUCCACCCCUCCCUCCUUCUCCCUCCCCUCCCACUCCCCCAUCCGCAUCCCCAUCCCCUGCCUCUGCUCCAACGCCACUGGCCUCUCCAACCGCCGCCCGAUCUACACCAUCCGUCCCCGUGACAACCUCGACGCCAUCGCCCGCCGGAUCUUUAACGGCUUCGUGACCAUCCGUGAGAUCGCCGAUGCGAACAAUAUAUCGGAUCCGGAUCGGAUUGAUGUCGGCCGCCGGCUGUGGAUCCCGUUGCCGUGUAGCUGCGAUGAGGUGGAGGGGAAGCCGGUGGUUCAUUACGGUCAUGUGGCGGCGGAGGGGAGUGAUCUGGAGCGCAUCGCGGAGGAGUUUGGGACGACGGAGAGGGUGUUGAUGAGGGUUAAUGGGAUUCAAGAUCCCACUAGUCUUCACGCAGGCCAAAUUCUUGACAUCCCACUCCCAGCUUGCUCCUCCUCUAUAAAAACUGAUGCUAUAGACAGCCGCCUUCUUCUACCAAACGGCAGCUACACCCUCACUGCCAACAAUUGUAUCCUCUGCAGUUGCAGCUCAUCAACUUGGCAGCUUGACUGUCAUGCAACUCAAGGGAUGAGCAAAUCCACAUGUCCUGUGACCAAAUGUGGAAAUCUCUUGAUUGGUAACACAUCAAACACAUCAUGUGGAGUUUCAUCAUGUUCUUACGCUGGAUACAUAAUUAAUAACAAUGCUAAUAACUUUACAAUCCUUACUAACCUCACUACUCCAACAACAUGCAACAAUGGUAGCUCACCUGUUUCACAGCCAAGUGGAAGUUCCAAAAGAAUAGGGUUUCAGAAAUGUAUAUGGAUGGAAGUUCUUGUGAUGUUUUUCUGGUUUCUUUUUCCCAUGAGAAUGAUUGGAUGA